AUGAUCAAUUUUACACGAUUUUUUUUAUUAAAUUGUAUGCUACUCGUAAGUACUCAUUAAUCAUUACAUAUUAUUAAUAUAAAUUAGAAUAAUUUAGAAAUACGCAAAAAUAACGAUCGAUUAUAUUUGUUUAUAGUUAUCUCAAAAAGUGUUCAGUGCUCCUCUGAAUGGUAAGCAAGUAUAUAGUACUUAAAUAAAUGAUUCUCCGCUUCGUAUUUUUUUUUUCAACAACAAAAAUAACAAAUGUUUAGCCAGUAAGAAUAUAUAAUAAUAUGGUUUGUGUUAUUCUUGUAUAUUAACCGCAAAUGAAUUUAUCUAAAUAUUGAAGACAAAAUUCUAGACAUAAAUACAUCAUUUCUGAAGUAUAGUUUACAACAGAUUUGAUGAAAACACCAGAUAUUUUAGUUCAAGUUGUUUUAUUUUGAUCACUUUGACCAGGAAGAUUUUGUCACUAAGUAGUCAUGAUGGUAUGAGACUACAAUAUUAUCACAUUAGUUCGAACAUUCAAAUGUUGGGGGUAUGGUUAAUUUAACAAACGUCCACAGAUUUUUUUUCAGGGGAGGGGAUGUCAACGGUAAUUUAAAAAACAAAUUAUGAAUUUCAGUCACCAUCACAUUUUCAAUGUUAUCAUACAGUUCAAACGCAAUUAAAAACUUACAAAAUUUAGUCUUCUUGUCCUCAUCAAGAGACCCAUAAUUGAUUUUAUACCAGCAAUAAACGUCAAAUCGUAUAAUGGGGAAUAUUCAGCUAUGUAAUGCUUACUUAGCCUUAUUUAUUAUUUUUUUGUUAACUUACAUAAUAUUAAUAUUUAUUUACAAUAUAAUAAAUCGCAACGUUUAUAACUAUAUAGACGGAGAGACGGUUUCAGAAAAAAAAGUUAACCUAGAUUCGUCGACCAUAACCAAUAUAACGACUGGUAAGCAUUCCAAAUGUAUUAUUCGAAACAUUAUAGAUAGUUGUCAAUUAUAUAAAAUAAUUUGUCCUGUAAUACAAUGUAUAAUAUUAAUACAUUAAUGUAUAUCUACUGUGUAAUAUUAAAUUUCAUGACCUGACAUGGUUUUUUUAACGUAGGUACACAUUAAAAUAAUGUUACCUAUGAUUUUUUUAAUACAGAAGAGAAAAUUGAUAGACCCACUGAAGAUGAUGAUACUAAAAACACAAAAAAUAUGAUGAGCCCGUCAUCAUUGAGACUAUCAAAAAGUAAAUUAAUAUAAAUUUAUAUCAAUACAUAAAUACUAAUGGAUAUUUGUUUGUACCAAAACCAGUGAUUUUUUGCAAUGUUUUAUUUGCAAUUUUAAAUUCCGAGCAUAGAAAGGUCAGUUUUUGAGUUUUCAAGCGGGUUUAGUAAUAAUAUUGGAAAAAACCGAAAAAAAAUUUACGGAAACUGGAAAAUGUACAUUUAUAUGUAAGAGAAAAUUUGUUCCGAAACGUAUUUCGUUAGCCAUCGUUGCGUACAGAUAAAAAUUAUUUUGCCUCUAUACCCUAACUUGGCCCAACCGCUGUGUGAAAUAUGUCCAUCUUUUUAAACGAUGUUAUUUAUUUUAUUAUAAUAUAAUUUUAAGAUUAAAUUGAUGGAGUAGAAUAAAAUUACACAAACUAAAUAUACAAAUAAAUCUCGUCAGUUUGUUUUAGACAACUUAAUAUUCAUUGGUAUUAAAACUUUCAAAAAAGUAUUCCUUGACACAAAAUAAUAUAUAAAAAUUAAGCCAAAGCUAAAACUGAUUAGAGGUAAGUCAGUAUGCCAUUGUUAUAAGUGAGAAGUUGGGUAGAUAAGAAUAGACAGAAAAUCAACUUUUAUUAAAAUGAACUGCCCGAUAGUUGGAUUGCCUACAUGACAUAAUGUAAACGUUCAGGCAUAAUUAUUACAAAAUUCAAAAUAAUUUAAAAUAGUUAUUCAAUUAAUAUCCUUACUCAACGAAAAAUUUUUUUUUUUUCUUUUUGACUUUAUGACUCAACAAGCGUCUUUGCCGUCACCAUCAGAUUAAUUUUAUCUUUCCCUAUUCUGAAUAAUGUUCUAUCAGUCUUUUACGUCAAGUGAUUUUAAGUCCUGGCUUAUCCCGUCGAACCAUCGCUUCCUUGGUCUAUCCCACAGUCUUCUCCCUCUAGGUUGGUAAUCUAUGUCAGACCUCACAGCAUUUAAUUCUUUUCUUCGCAUAGCGUGAUCAAACCAUUGCAAUUAUUGUGCCUUUAUGAAGUUGGUUACCUUUGGCUCUUUUGUAGUUUUUCGGGUUUCGACGAUUUUCCUUCUUCGCUAGUACCCAAACUUGUCAUCGCAUAUUGCACCGUAGAUCAUUCUCAAAAUCUUGUUCUCAAAAGAGGCCUAACCUUUUCUUCAUUUGCGCUGUUAUCGUACACACCUCCAAAACCAUAUAUCAGUACCGGUCUAACUGUAGCCAGACACAGUCGUAACUUUGUUCUUCUCGAGAAUAAUUCGGAUUUAAAAAACGUUUGUAACGCAUAACAGGCUUUUUCCACUUUGUGUAUGCAGCUUACUAUUUCUACGCUCCAGUCAAUCUAACCUAACGGCAAAUAAUUCAUGGUCGUUUUCCAAUAAUUUCCAUUACCCUAGCUUUUUCUUUAUUUACUGAUAAGACAAUUAUUUUCGUUAUGUUAAUUAAUGAGACUGUAUUAUUCACUACAGCUUCUUUGCUGUUUCCAAUUAGGUUUAAUUCAUCGGAAAACCCUAAUACAUCUAUUUUCGAUGCACCGACCUCUAGUGCACAUCCAUUAUUUUGUACACUUCUUAUAACCUUUUUCAAAGCUAUAUUGAAUAGCAAAAGAGAGAGUGUAUCUCCCUAUUUAAGACCAGUAAUAACUCACAAUUCUUCGGAUGUGGUUUGGUUUACCUAUAUUUGGUACUUUGUACUUUCCAUGCACAUUUGUGUUAAUAUUAUUAGUCAUUUUAAGUUUCAAAUUAGUAACAAUUUUAUUUUUUACAAUACAGUAUACACUCUUAAGUAUUAAGUUUAGUUUUGGUAUCAAGAUAUUGAAUAAAACAACUCGUUACUACUACAGUUAUAACGCGUCAAUUGACAAAUAUUCACACGUUUGUGUAAUUUUUUAUAUCACAAAAUCACAUAUUACAAUAGUUAUUUAAGAUUCUAAACGGAAUGUAUUAGUUUUAAAAUGGUGUUUACUUUUCUACUAGCGAUUUUGCUCUGAUUUUUAAUUAUAGCAUUUUUUCAGAAAAGAAAAUUGACUGGGCUGGUACUUUAGGGAGGUAAUUUUUUGAUUUUCUUGUGAGUUCUUUCGAUAAAUGGAAAAAAACGAAAAAAAACAUGGGAAAACCUGGGGGAAAACGUAGGAAAAACGGAGAAAUAAUAUAUAAUAAUACAAUAUAAUAAUACAAUAUUAAACAAAUAUUUUUAAGGAAAUAAAAAUUAUGCACAUGUUGAAAGAGCAACUCAACUCCGCUCAGAAUCGUUUUUCAUUAUUAACAGUUAAUCACAGUUAAUUAUUCGCAUUUAUUAUGAUAAAUGCGAAUAUUUAAUAACCAUUCAGUUCUACAUAUUGAAUUUUGUUUAAAAUUUAUAAAAGAAAACCAUUUAAACCGCUAAAGACGAAUAACAUUGAAAAAGUUGAAACGUUUAAUGGAAACAAUUUAUAGACAUAUAAUUUGUAUGUUUAAACGCAUAAAUUGAGUAACGUUUAAACUUCCUAUAACGUUAAACACUAAAUUGUUCAUAACGUUUGAAUUUCUUAUAACGAUAAAAAAUUUAAUUUUUUUUUUUUAUUUAAGUCCUGGUUUUUCUACGUUUUUCUGUUUUUCCCAAUUUUCACGAAAACUUAAGACAAAUUGCAAUAAUGACUUUCCAAAUGCACCAACUAGAUCCUAAAAUCGACAAAAUAAGUUUAUUGUCAUUUUUCGAUUCAAGAAGAUUUCUGGUAAAAGUUAUACACAGACACAAAAUAAAAAAAUUAAAAAUCAGUGUACAUAGUUAUACCCUCAGAAUCUAUAAAUAAAAUCUGGUAUUACUGACGAAUGUAAGGGAAGCCGGAAGGUAUGACACUAAAGGUUAUAUAGUUUAUAUAUGUAUGCACUAAUUGCUCACAAAAUACGAUUAUGAGUAAAUUUUGGUUAAACAUGUAUUAAAUUGCCGUCAAUUUUACGAUUUUCAGCAAAAUUCUUAAAAGAUCUAUGAUAAUUAGCUCUACUCUUUCCUACUACACACAACUUAUAAUGUUAAAUUGAAAUACAUUUCUGUUUUGGACAAAAAUUUCUAUAAACAUAAAUCCAAAUAAAAGCUGAAAAGAUUCGAAAAUGUUGAAUGCUUUAAAAUAGUUAAAAUAUUUAAUAAAUUACUACGCCUAUGAAUGAAUAAUAUAAAUACUAUGUAGUAAUUUAAGAUUUUUAUGAUUAUUUUAAACAAUUGCAAUAAAAAAAAACAUGACAUACUUCGCACGAUGAGUGUGUACCACUGGGAAAAUCAAAAAUUGAUCUUCCUAAAAUAUCACCCCAGUCAAAUUUCCUUUUAGAAAAUAUGCUAUACUUGAAAAUCGGAGCAAAAUGUUUGGUGAAAAAAUUGUUAAUCAGAAAAAAAAAUAAAUAUCAUUUUUAAACCAAUACAUUCCUCGCUCCACGUAGAAUUUAAAACAAAUCGAAAAUAAUGAAACUUUAACUGCCGUGUCUGAUUUUCCUGUAUUUUUGAUGGCUGUUUUCCUUAAUUAUAAUAAAAGGUAGGUACAUAGUACAUCAAAAAUAACUUUCCAAACAACGACCUUGCCAAUGCUGAUGAACCAAAGAAGAAAAUAAGCCAAAACAUUAUUGCGUAUAUUUUCCCGUCUUUUCUAAGUUUUUUUCAGUUAUUAAGAAAACUAUAAAGAUGGUAAAAAACUAUAUAUUUUUCACGAAGUAGAUCCUUAUGAACGUGACGUGUCCAUGAAUUCGGAGGAAAAUAACGAUUUGGUAAAUAUGGGAUUUAAUUUGGCCACUGGCGCUUCAACAUUUUUCGGAAAUUUGUUAAGUGAUGUAAGAGAAAAGUACAAUGAAAUUGAAAAUUCAUCCAGUGAGUACCUACCUACCGUAAAUAAUAUUUAAUAAUAAUAUAAUUCACGUACGUAUAAAAUAUUUAUGUUGUCUUUUAAAUUUUACUUGGAUGUGGCUAGUAAAACAAGUUUGUUAAUAUGAUCUAUUGCAGAAAAAUGUAUAGCACUCGAAAGUAUUAUAAUAACUGUUAAAAUAGGGCGGCGUUCAAAAUCCCGACAGUUAAAAUCCCAACAAAGUUAAAAUUUCAACAGACAAUAUCACAUCGCAGGUAUGAUAUCGACAUCCCCUGAGAUUGUUUAGGUGAUCGCCUCAUUAUGUGGUAAAAUAUUACUAGAUAAUAUCAACUUGUAAAAAAAUGUACGUUACACUUUUUGAAAUGUAUAAUUAAUACAAUUAAAUCAGUACAUCCAAUAACUCGUUAUAGUAAAAUAGCGUAUAUAUUUAAUAUAUUUAAAAAAAAAUACAAAUAUUUCAAUGAAAUACUAUGUAUUUACCUUGUAAAAAUCCAAACAAAAAUCUAUAAUAAUUAAUUUUAGUAAGUUAACUUCUUUUAAAAUUGCCUAUACAGCCUAUUCAGCCCCUACAAUAUUGUAUGAUAUGUAAUUGUCGGUUGUUUGACCAAUUCGGGAUUUUCACUAUCGAGAUUUCGACUGUUGGGAUUUCGAUUGUCAGGAUUUUGAUCCGAACCGGUUAAAAUAGACGGUCUAUUACCAUAGACGGUAUCUCGAGGUCAACAUUUUAUUUUUUUUUUAAUUGCAUUUUUAAAAGGAUAUUAUUAUUAAAUUUGUUAUCCCUUCACGCUGAUAUAUUAUACGAUCGAAAUCUUACCUUUUUUUUUGUAUUUAAAUAACAGAAUGUGACUAUUUUUCAGCUAAAUCGAGAUUUAAUUUAGUUCCGGGUUUAAUCAGAAAACCGUUAUCGUUGGGUAUGGCCGCAGCUGAUACUACUGGAGAUAGAAUAAUAAGUGUUUUUUCAUAACCGUUAUCGAUUAUUAUUUAAAAAACGUGAGAUAAUGUAAUCAAUUCUUACUUCAAUAUUGUAAGUCUAUUGUUUCAAAUUGUCUACACAUAAUAAUAUUUUGCUUUCCAACAUGCGUAUGCAAUUUUUUUAUUACACUUUAAUUAAAUAAUUAUUGUUCAAAAUAUAACUAUGACGAUUUUGUUUUGCCAUUUAUUAAAUAAACCUGUAAACGCUAUUCAAUAAGUAUAUCACAAAGCGAAGCGCAUGUCAACACAAUUAAUUAGAAAUAUGUACUGUAUAGUCAUAAAUAAUCAACAAAAACAGUUUAAAAUAUAAGAACACUUUAAAUUGAGAAUUAUAUUAUAGUCAGAAAACAAAUAAAUAUAUUUUAAGUUGUGAUAAUAUAACUAAUCCAAAAGUGUUGACCCCAGUGGAAAGCUGAAAUAGUUGCAUAGAAAAUUAUGUUAUUGUUACUUCUAUAUUUUUAUUUCCUAAAUCAAUAUUUGUUUUACAAUGUAAUAUUUGUAAUAUUUAAUAAGUACAAUUUACAAACAAUUGUAAAACCAACUCCGCAUUUUUUCAAUUAAUAGUCAACUUCUUGGGUGGGAAUGUGAAAAUAAUUUGGAAAAUUUAAGACUCCAUCCUUUAGUUUGGUCGUUAGUUAUUUAACUAUACCUACAGUGUAUAUCCCGGACAUUUUUUCCUCAGGCAUUUUUACCCAAAACCCGUUUUUCGUUAGCAAUGUGUUAUCUUUGUUUACAGACGUACAUUCCCCUCUAUGUUUUACCUUCCUAAUUUCUGAUCUACGAUUGCAGUGGCCAAACCAUCAUGCGAAAUAUGUACAUCUUUUUAAACUAUGUUAUUUAUUUUGUUAUAUUGUAAUAUUAUUUAAAGAUUAGAUCGGACGAUUAAAAUAAAACUAUACAAACUGAAUAUUCAAAUAAAUCCCUUCGUUUUGCUUUUGUUAAAUAACUUAGGUAUUUAUUAUUCAUUGAUAAUAAAAUUUACACAAUUAUAUUCCCUGACACAAACCAAUAUAAUAAUAAAUCGAAACCUAAUACUGAUUAUGGGGAAGCUAGUGUGCUACUGUUGUAUGUGGGAAUUUUAGUAGGUAGGAUAGAAAGAGAAUCAACUUUUAUUAAAAUGAACUGCCCAAUGGUCGCGUUGCCUACAUGGCACAGUGUAAACGUUCAGACAUAAUUGUUACAAAAUUCAAAAUAAUUUAAAAUAGUUAUUCAUCUAAUAUCUGUACUGAACGACAAUGCUAACGAAAAAUAAUCCUAAGCAGAGUUAAACGUGGUCAAACAAUUCUUUAAAACAAAUUACCCCGAUGUAUAAAUCAUAUAAUAAAGCAGCAGCGCCCUGAGGUUCUAUCUUGUACGCUGUACGAAUAUUGUCGAAACGGUCCAAUACGGUCGUUCGUACACAUCUUUUCAUAUACGAAGAUGAUUUGAUAUUUUGUACAACCAUACGAAACUUAGAUAUACGAAUAAUUGGAUGAUUUUGUACUGCAUUUAUAUUCGUACGUAUGACGUCAUUAUAUGAUGACGUUUAUCCGUAUUUUAAUUUCGAACCUAUACAAACAACAUUUUAAAAUUACAUGCGUAGCCUACAUCGUACCUAUAAUAGUCGUUCGUACAUGUAAUAACGGUGGUAUUAUUACGUACUAUAGGAAAACUAAUUUUAUAAAAUAAAUUCAUAUAUUAUUAUUGAGUACGAAAAGUAUUGUAUUGUUUACACUUAAAUUUUUAAAUAUAAUAAUACAUAAUAAUAAAAUAAAUAGGUACCUACAACAAAUUGUUAAAUAACAUAAUUAAAUAUUUAUCUGAAAGCGAUAGUGAAAAUAAAUACAUGGUACAAUCAUUAUGAGUUCUGAAUUCUGAAAUUAUAAUUUCAUAUAGGAUUCAAAAAUUGCAUAAUUAUAUUAUCUCGAUUUAUUACUGUAUAAUAACGUUAACUUAUGAUAAAACAGAGGUUCCAUUUAUGGUUAAAAUAUAACAAGUUUGAAGCGUAUUCAUAAUUAUUAUUAUAUUGCAAUGGUUACCCGUUUCCCGUACAGUCAUGUUAUUCUAGUGUUGUAUGCGAUUAUUUAUCAGCUUGUAUUUAUUUGCCUUUAAAAAAAAAAAAAGUCAUAAGAAAAAAGAAAUUAAAUCUGUAAGUAUUCCCGUCUUUUUUUAGUUGAAAUUCUGUUAAAGCUAUUUGUUUAGAUUUGACCUUUUGGUAAUAAAUACAUAUUUACUUUUUCUAGAUGUGCUAAAAAUUAAAAUGAUUUUACGAUACUUGAGCUAUUUUUAGACAUAUUCUUUUUGCAAGUUUUAUUAUGCAAUUUAAUAGUGCAUAUCUGUGUAUAUUCUUUUUUUUAACAAGCAGAAAUGCUGGACAAUUCAAUAGAAGAUUCAUUAUAAGUUGCACUUAGUAGUUUUUAAGUAAUACUUACUGAUAAAAAAAAUUGAAUGUAAUGUAUUUUUGAGAUUCCGAGCGUAGCGAGGGGUCUAUUGGUUUUGCAAUGCUGUUUAUUUAUUUUGUUAUAUUUUUGUUCUAGUGUGUGGACACGUUUUUUCCUAGUAAACUUACUCCGAUUUUUACGUGCAGCAACUUUCAAAGCUCAAGUUUUCUAUAUUGUAUUUUAUAUUUUUUUGAUUUUAUUUUUUGACUUCAAUAAGGGCGCUUAAGUGGGAAAAAUCGUAAAAAACUUACAAUUUCGUGAUUUCAUUAUUUUAUAAAACACGGACAACGUUUUCUACCAGGAAAAAUGAUUUAAUCGAAAAAUCAAAAGAAACCUUUUUUGUUGAUUUUUUAAUUUACAUUCCUAUGGUAUCAUUAUCAAAACUUUUAAGCCACUUUUAAGCUUUUAAAAAAUUUUUUGCUGUAAUUCGGUAAUGCAUGUAGAACUUGAAACUUGGUAAUAGUACUUAUAAUGGACUUAAUUAGACAUUAUUAAAUUUCCAAAAUCACCGGAUGACUUCUUUUUUUUUAAUAAACGCUUUGAAAUCGAAAAUUGCAAAAAAAAAAUUACGGCACUCCAAAUUAUGUAUUAUCGAACUGCGCUCGGAAUCGUCUUACUUCAAGCAAUGGUUUAUUGUUACUUACAGAUAUAAAUGAAAUAACCUUAUGUUUCCUACCUUCCCAACUUCUCACCUAAAAUAAUGGCCAUUCCCAUCCCCAGUAUCAGCUCUUUUUUAUUUUAGUUUUAAUUUUUAUACGAUGUUCACAUUGAGUUUUGGUCAGUUGAUCAGUUUUAUCAUUGUUGUUUUUAUUAUUUUUAAGACGAUUGUUAUACCUAUUAAUAUUAUUAUUACGUAUUAAAAUUGUAUUUAACUCAAUAUUUAUAAUUAUAAAUAAUAAUUUUAUAGGUAUUAUGUUUUUUUACCCCCGGACAUUUUAAUAGAACACCCGAAAAAUGGUACUGAGUGGAGCUCGGUUAAUAUUAUUGCUUUUUCAACAAUAAAUAUAUAAUAUUAUUAUAGAAAAAUGAAUAUUGAAUAAAAGAUUUAAUAAUGAAUCUUGAAACAUUUCGUAUUCACAAGAAUCUAACUAAAUUUUUGCCACAUAAUUUUUAAUUAAAACGAUUUUUAUCACAUUUAUUUAUUUUAAAUUCUUAUAAAAAAAAAAUUACGUUCAUUAAUAAAUCUUCUGUAUAAUUUUCAACCAUUUAUGUAUGGCUUAAUAAUUUUAUCCACUAAAUGCCUACCAAAUAAAAAUUACUCACAAAAUUAAAUUGUCUAUAAAAAACUCAAUAAUGACUCAAAUUCAUUUAUAGUUUUACGAUGUCAUGAAAAGGCAAAUAUAAGUUUAUUUUCCAAAUGUCUAAUCUCUAAAAAUAUAAUAUAAUUUAAUAAGUCUGAGGGGUUUGGGCCCCUACCCCCCUCUUAAAUUCUUCCCCGCUCUCAAUAUGCCAAAUCGUUAACAUUUAUUUUCAUAAAUGAUAAAAAUAAAUAAUAAAUAACGAUGAGUGUGUUUACCACUUGAUACGUCCAAGAAAAGUUUCUUUUCAAAUAGUUGUUAACACGAUUAAACGAAUUUCAUUCGGAAUUAUUUUUCGUUUACCACGAUUGAUUCAUCAUUGCGUAGAGUAUAAAAAUUACACAAAGUAUCCUAUAUUCCCAACUUGCCACCUAAACCAGUGGCCUACAAAUUAACACUGUUAAUUAUAAAAAGCGUAGCGAUGAUUUAUACCUAUAAAAAUCAACGUUUUAUAUAACCUUUAUGAUGGACCGGAUAGUAAACAACUAUAGUACUACUACGCGUGGUAUGGUUAUAGUAAUUUACUGUGUGUAUUUAUGUGUUGUGUUCGAAACAACUCUGGUAAAUAAAAUGUAUACUAAAAGUGUACAAUAUGCUCGUAUUAUUUUACGAGUACUUUACGUAGAAAUUUAAAUUUGUAUUAAAAAAAAAAAAAAACCAUGUUGAUACGCGCAUAAUAUUCAGAUGGUAUAGUAAUUUAUACGCACGGUCUAUUCUCCAUAACUUUCACGUAAAGUAGGUAAUAUUAUUAAAUUUACCUAACACAGAACACUACCGGUAAUAAGAUAUUCUUAAAGUUAUUGCGUUUUAAAUACACUAAAUUAAUUUAUUCAAAAUAAAAUAUGGUCUGCUCUGUUAAUAAAAACACGAAAACGAAAAAAACCUACACAUUUAGAGUAUUUAAAUGAGGGCCGUAUUAUACAUACGCUAUUUUUCGUGGUAAUAUUUAUGCCAUCACCUUCUUAAAAGUUCAAAAAUUUUAAAAAUCAUAAUAUCGUGAUAAUAAAACUUUUGACAUUCUUCGAAAAGUAAGUAUUUUUAACGAAUUAUUACAUUCGUUAACAAUGUUAUCAUAGAAUAUUAACAAUAAUUAUCUUUAAUAUACCUAUAUAAUUGUAUUUGUUUCUUUAUUAUAUAUUUGUACUAAAAUGUGUUAAUACAGUGUGCCUAUUAAAUUUUAAUUUCCAUUAGGUCCUGCACAUUACGUUAUAGAUAUCUAUACGGUCGUAUUUAUUUCACAUAAAUACAAUUGUGUAGGAUAUGUAGAUAUAAUUUUUAAAAUAAAAGCAAACCGAAGAAUCUGUUAUAGUUAAAAUUGUUGUGUAUUUUAAUUUUCUUCAAAUUUUGUGACAAUUUUUUAUACAGAUAAUUUAACACGGGUACAGUAAUUAGACGUGUUAUUUUCGGUAUUUUAAUUUAAAUGCAUGAUAGAUAAGUAUGGACAUAGAUACAGUAUAGUGUAGUAUAUUGUAUUCUUUAAUUUAAAAAUGUAUUUGUAUUCGUAUAACUUGUAUUUGAUUCCCUGUUUUAACAUUUCUUUACGUUAAAAAACAAAUGGAAUUUUAUAUUUCAAAAAGUGUUCGACGGAAGGGAAACUAAUAUCUCCGUAUCGCCAUCACUGUUAAUUAUAAAUGGAAUAUAGUAUUCAAUUAUAGAGAUAUUAUGAAAUAUAACAUAGAUACAUUGAUAAAAUGCAAAGCACGUUGUACAUAUUAUUUUCAGCAUAAUCCCUCUCUUUGAAAAACAUAACUAUUACCAAUUUAUAGUGUAUAAACAUUUUAAUUUUAUCAUAGUUCAUGGUAAAAUAAAUUAAUACACAAACUCUAGUGGGCAGUUAUAUUUAUAAAUCAUUAGUAAUAUUACAUUAUGGAAAAAGUAUCGAUUAAGCCGAAACGAUUAAUAUGAAUGUAAAUUAUUCAGUUUUAGAAUUUAUACAAUGCAAUCAAUUAUCUUCAAGCCGAUAUAUUUAUUUGCAUGUAUGCUGCUUGUGAGUACUAUUAUAUAAUACCUACUAGAUUAUUGUUAUCAUUACAAAUAUAAAAAAAAAAAAAACAUUUUUUUUUUUUUGCAGGUUUCACGUAUUAGUGCUAAUAGUGAGUAUCGAUGCUCGUUUAUAAAUAAAUAAAUCAAUAUAAUAAUAUAAUUAUACAUAAGUAAUGUGAAAUUAAUGUAUUUACUAAUAAAACAUAAUUUAAAAUCCGCACAAAAAUGUCAUAUCCCAAUAAAACAUCGUUUUAUCAUUAAUUAAAAAUUAUCUACAUUAUCUACAAAUUGUAAUGCACAGAUGAAUCAAAAUUGACCGACAACAAUGGUGUUUAUGGAGAACGACUUCCUCGGGAAAAUAUAACACCCGGUAAGUAGCACAGGUACCCAACAUCGAAAACAUAGAAAACCGUUGAAUGUAUGGUUGUUUUCAUCUGUAUAAUUUUGAAACAUUGUUUAAUGUCGUUUGAAAAAAAUAUCGAUUUUAACAUACUUUCUUUGUUUAAAAACAGAAAAUAUGACAAGUAUUAUAAUUGAGAACAAUUCAUGUAAUAUUAUUUUUUUCAACAGAGGGAACUUUUAUUUUAUUUAACUGGUUGAUGAAUAUUCCGUUAUUAAACCUGAAUCAUAGAAUGGAAAUUGGUAAGUUCAUAAGAAAUCGAUUUUAGGAAAUAAAAAAAAACACCCAUAGGUAUCAAUGCUCCAUCACUAGAGAUUAAUUUUCAAUUAGUUGCCGGUACAAUAUUUCAUUUUUUUUCAAAUAAUAGGUUUAAAUUUUAGUGACGGAGCACUGCUGCUUAAAGGUUGCUCACUAGUGUUUAUAAUUUUGUAUAUUAUUACAAAAUUAUAUGAGAUGUUCUAUCGUGUUCGACGGAUUUUCUACAGCUGUUAAUAUUUAAUUUUUAAAUUUUUUUUCAAUCUGCGUUUUUGGAGGGUAUAAAUAAAAGACAUUUUCUUAUUAUUUAAUUUUUUCAAUUCUACAGAGAAGCUGUUUAAAACGAGACUUCCAUAUAAAACAGCUGUUGCUAAAAAUUUAUUGGUCUGAUGUGAAAAUUUUAAACAUUUUGUAAAGCAAAUAAUUAAGUUAUUUGGGGAGGAGGGUGAAAAAGGGAUGAAAAUAACAAUUUUCUCUGAAUAGAUGCUUCAAAGAAUAACAAAUUGAAUGUAAAUGGCUCUAGACAAAUUCGUUGAACACAAUAGGAUACCCUGUAAUAUGUACUUAAAUAAAUUAAAUUUGUGUUUAUUUAUUAUAAAUAAUUACUAGAAAUCGAUUAACCACGUCUACCUCCUACACAACUUCUACUUCACGGUCUAAUACCCUACUUACUUUCCAAUAAGAAGGAUUAUAUAAUCUUCCGGUAACGAUAAGGUAUUAUACAAAAAAAAGUUCAUUCAAAUUUGUAAAAUAGUUUUCGAGACUUUUGCUAAAACAUACGGUGGGAGCAGGAGUUGGCAGUUAAAACUAUCUAAAGAGAAAUGCUCAACAAAUCAACUAUUUGUAAAUACAAAUUUUAACCCCAUUAUUACUUUGAUGAGCAUCUUAGGGUGUUUAAAUACCAGUAUUUUCUGUGAAAACAUAAAACUUGAAUCUUAAAAUAGUUAAGAAGAGCACACCUGUGAUACAUGCAUCAACAGUUCAUAUCUCUAGUUUUAUUUGGAGGAGUCUAUAAGAGUGUAAAAAUCUGAAAAAAACACCGCCCUCGAAAUCAACAAUUUAUGUCUUCAAUCCUUAUAUAUAAAGGUAUAAUUUUAAAAAAAACUCAUAUUUUCGAGUUUUAGUUUAUUUGAUCCUGGAGGAGCCACUAAAUCAUUAAAAUGCAUCAGGAUAAAGGUAUACCAAUAUAACAAACAUAACAUACAAUGUUGAGUCAUAAUUUUGGGGAAAAAUUGACAAAAAAUAAUAUACUUCCGAGGCGAAUAAACAUCAUUAUUUUCAAUAGGUACAAAUGGAAACGAUGAACCACAUAUUGGGGAAUUAAUCAAACACGGUAAAGAAGACCCACAAUUAAUCGAAAAGAUCUGCAGUAAGAAAAAUGAUUUAACCUAAUAAUUGCCUUUUACACAAUAAUCAACAGUGGAAAGUUCAAUGCAUACUUUUAUCUAAAUGCUUAAUUUGUCUAGUACAUAUGAUAUUAUUAUUAUUAAACAAAUAAUUAACAUAUUUCGAACAUAUAGAUGGGAACCCUGAGUUGUACGUUUGGUGGAAGGAAAGCCCCAUAUUUAAUCUCAGUCUAAAUAAAGUAACAAGUACGUUCGGGUAAAAUUAAAAAGUGUCCGAAAAAAAUAAUUCUAUUAUAUUAUUAUAUUAUUGUACGACAAACUAACAUUAUUAUUCUUUUACUAUUCUAUACACAGUCGCAGACAAUGAUGAGGAAACCAAGGCAUUCAGAGGUAAGGGGUAUUAUUUUUUAAUCGUUUAUUAUAAAUGCAGUAAUACUUCUGUUAACUUCUGGUCACCUCUAAAAAACGGUAACCUCUAUAUAACGGUCUAUUUUUUUUUGAUCCCGUCAAAUAUUAUGCCUCUAUAGCAGUGGUCUUCAAUCUUUUUGGACUCACGACCCACUUUUUUAGGUAUACAUUUUUUGCGACCCACGUAAGGCCGAUCGCACACCUAAAGAAAAGAAAAACAUUUGUAGAAAAACAAAAGUUUUUUUUUAAAUCAAAUUUAAACGAAAAAAAAAUUACAGUACUUCAAAGUAUGUAUUACCAAACUGCGCUUGGAAUCGUCAAGCAAUGGUUUAUCAUUCCUUAUAGAUAAAAAUGAAAUAACCUUAUGUAUCCCACCUCUCCAACUUCUCACCUAUAACAGUGGCCGUCCCCAUCACCAGUAUUAGCUCUGUGUUUUGUUUUUUUAAUGUGAUUUAAUAGAAAAUAAACGUACAGGUCUAAUUUUUGCAAAAUACGUAUAUUGGCCAUUUUCGGACGUGAUAAUAUAUUCAGAAUAUUUUGGAAAUUUGUUUAAUUAUUUGUAGGCAUUUUAUUUUUUCGAAUUUUUCGUUUUUAUCUGAUUUAUAAGGAUAAAUUUACUUUAGCCGAGCAGAAAUGUUUGAAAAUUUUACUCGAGGUUCUUCAUAAGUUGUAAUAAUAAAAACGUUUUUCUAAACAUUAAAAUUUUAAAUUUUGACGAAAACUUUAUGUAUCAUACCUUCCGAACAUCCCAUCUAUAACAGUGGCACCUUUAUCAGUGGUAUCAAUUAUUUUAAAUAUAAACAUUGUACAACAAAGUAUACAUUUCUAACUUAAGAUUUUGAGUAAAAUGAGAUACUUCCUAAUUUUUCUAAGAUAAGUGUUUUAUUUUUCAUGAACUUCACUUUUUUAGUUAGUAAAAAUGUUCAAUUUUUUUUUAUACAGUACGGUAAAAUAUUUUAUUUUUUUCAUGGUGAUAUUUUACUUGACACAUUUUUCUAAUUCCCGAAAGUUUUUUUUAGAAAAUUAAUAAAACUGAUAACAAAUUACAAUUUAUCGGUUGGUUUUUAUUUCUUUAUAUUUGAACACCUUCAAAACUACCGCUUUAGAUAUCUGCGAAGUAUGUUUGAGUUUUAUCGACUAUAUAGCCAAAAUAAUCAAUAAGUUUAAUCUAUGAGAUUAUUGAAAUAACAAUAUAGUAACUAAUUUUUGUAUUUUUUAUUAUUAUAGAGUUGAAUUGAGACGAAUUGAAAACUCUGUACGUGAAGCAAAUAAAUAUAUAUCUCAGUUUAUUCAUAUUUAACAUGGUUUUGCUUUAGCAUAAUAUUAGGUAUUAACUCCUAUGCUACAUUUCGUGCGUUUAAAAAAAAAUGUAUAUAUAAGUUUCAUAAUUCACAGUUAAAAUAAUAUUAUUUUAUUUUUAUUUAUAUUCUUACUUCAUAUUAUGAUCAAGCCCUAAUUUACGCAGAUGCAUAAGGUGCACAAACACAAGGCACCCACGUUCCCUGUUCCACUAUAUAAAAAAAAAUUGUACUCUUUUAUAUUUUAUUGAUUACUUUAUAUUUUAAUUAAAAAAAUAAUAAAUCAAUAAAUUAUUGAUAAGUGUUGAAUAAAUAAUUAUUAUAUGUAUCAGAAUGUUAAAAUUUUAACGAAAUUCUGAUUAGACAAGAUUCUGAGUGUAGUGAAGAUGCUUAUGGUUUUACUAUCGUUUUUAUUUUAUUUUUUUUUUUUUUAUUUGUGAACAACAUUUAUACCAAAAAUGUUAUUUCAAUUCAUAAGUGUAGUACUUUUUUUGAAAGGAAAUUUGACUGGGGAGGUACUUAUAGGUGGUAAUUUUUUUAUUACCCUAUAAGCCUAAUAAAUGGGAAAAACCGGAAAAAGACAUGGGAAAACCGGGAGAACGGAAAAAUAGGUACAAUUAUUAAAGAAAAUGUUUAAUGCAUAAGCAAUUAUUUUACCAUAAUAUAUUAUUUUUGACAAAUCAACACUUUCAAAUGAACUCCACUCAGAAUCAUUUUUUUCAUUAGUUGAUUCAGUCAAUGGUUAAUCGUUGCUUACAGAUGUACAUUAAAAUUCCGUCUGGAUCCUACCUUCCCAACUUUCCACCUACAACAACAACUGCUGCACUCAAGUUCAUAGUAAUUUAAUUGAAUUAUAUUAUAUUUAUCUAUUAUACUUUGCUCUUAAACGUAAAAAAACUUGAAUCCGAUUUUCUUCAAUUAAAAGAAAACUUAUUAAUUGUUUUACCGUUACCGGCCAUCCAUCAUUCGAAAACUUUAUUGGUGAAUUUGCAAAAAAAAAAAUUACAAGCAUAAAAAUGCUUAUAGAAAUCAAAUUAAAAAGUAAAAUUGUUAUUUAUAAAUAUAAGUUUAAUAUAAUUUAAUGAAUUGUAUAUUUUUAUUAUAAUCUACCUUUUAAAUUUAUAAAAAAAAAUGUUGUUUUUAAUUUCUACUGAUUUCUUUUUUAUUUCAAAUACGGUACCGAAAAUGUGUAGUGCACAAGGUCUCUGUUUUUUUUAAAUUAAGCCCUUAUUAUAAUAAAUAAAUGAUCCAA